UCGUUGCAACCUGCGCAUAUCCAAGCUUCACCAACUUCCUCGAUUCUUCUGCUCCUCAACGGAAGUCCAACUAACAUGAAGAUAACGGAGCUCGUGUUCCUGACAGUACUGAGCCAAGUCCUGGCUGGCGGAGGCGGUGGAAAGCACCACGUGCACUUCAAAAUCCACGUACCGGACAUCAUCAAGCACCACAUUCACACGAAGACGGUAUUCGUCCACGUGCACCACGGCGGUGGAAAGAAAAAGAUGGUCCCAAAGAAGAAGGAAACGCACCACCACGAGUCGGGUCACCACGAGGAUUGGAAUUCCUGGAGUUCGUACGACGUUCACGGAGGUGGCAAGGGGCACCAGCAGCACGUCGAAACGCCGGACCAAGGCUACGGUUACCCGUCAGGUCCACAGGUGGAAGAAUUCCACGGACAUCCAGUCCCGCCCCGGGAAGAGACGCCGGGAAUGCAGAACGGCGGAGUCGUCGGCUACUCGUACCCACCGCAAUACGGGAUGCACCCUGGCCUUGGGGAGUUUGGAAGCGUCGAAGAGGCCCCGCACAACGAGGUAAGGCCCUACAGGGACGACUACGAGGAAGGAUACCGGAAGGGCUUGCACACUCAGACAGGCCACGUGCUCUCGGAGGAGCUGAAGAACUUCUACGACAACCAGUUCGAGGAGGGCGACGACGUCGCGCAGAGCGGACACAAUGACGGGUACAAGAUCUUCGAGGAGUCGGAGGAUGCCGACGCUGCCGGUGAACACGGCGACGGCUACGUUUAGGCCAUCGUGGUCUCAUGAUAAAGAAAAAUCGCGUUCGAACUACUUCGACAAGCGAAAGUGGAGGACGGGAGUGAUUAAUGUCAAAAGAAAAGAGACGCAGGCGGUGAUUGAUUCAACGUCAAGAUCAACUCGAAUCGCAAAGUUUCUCCGUACCUGCAAAUAAUGAUACUAGAGUGUUUCGUGUUUCUUUAUUUUAUUUUUUUAUGGUACACUAUUUAACUAGGCUAACGACAAAUUAGUUUCGUACUUCUUUUAUACCUAACAUACAUUUUUUAUAUUACCUUUCUAUUAUACCAACUUGCGGAACUACCGAUCCGUAAAUGUUUAUGAGAGUCACUGCGAAGUGAUCGUAAAACUGUAAAUAAAUUGGUAACACUGAUCGGAACUGUACUCCAAUUACAUUCUUUUUUUUUUUUAAUUUUUUAAUAUUUGACUUUUUACUCAUACUUUCUAAAGAAUUGCGCACUAUCAACUGGCAUUGUAUAUGUAUAUGUAUAUGUGGAAAUCGGCAAGAACGAUUGGUUUACAUCAAAUGUACCACGA